GCACUGAUCUUGGCCGUAGAGGCUCCCGGGGAGCCCGCGUCGGGGGUGGCGGCCGUCGAGCCCGCCGCCGCUUGACCUCCGGACACCUGGAGCCUCAGACCGCUCCCGAGUCCGGCAGAAACGAGCGCCCAGGGUCACGCUUCUGGGGCCGUGUAACGGGAGAACAAUCAAGGCGGCGAGAGCGGGGCGCCAGGGUCGGCUCCACCGCGGGGCCAGAGCGGGACUUGGGGUCGGAGCUAGUCCCUGCCCUGCGCCAGUUAACCGGCUCCACCUCGACCUUUGAGCGGGUGUAACUUUCCGGCCUUUUUCUCAGUGCAUGCCACUGAGCAGAUGAGCAGCAACAGCAAUAAGAGAGCUCCAACAACAGCAACCCAGAGACUGAAACAGGACUACCUUCGAAUUAAGAAGGAUCCAGUGCCUUACAUCUGUGCUGAGCCUCUCCCUUCCAAUAUUCUUGAAUGGCACUAUGUUGUCCGAGGCCCUGAGAUGACCCCUUAUGAAGGUGGCUAUUAUCACGGAAAACUAAUAUUUCCCAGAGAAUUUCCUUUUAAGCCUCCUAGUAUCUAUAUGAUAACUCCCAAUGGAAGAUUCAAGUGCAACACGAGGCUAUGUCUGUCCAUCACGGAUUUCCACCCAGACACGUGGAACCCAGCCUGGUCUGUCUCCACUAUCCUGACGGGCCUGCUGAGCUUCAUGGUUGAGAAGGGCCCCACCCUGGGCAGCAUAGAGACAUCUGACUUUACGAAAAGACAACUGGCAGCACAAAGUUUAGCGUUUAAUUUAAAAGAUAAAGUCUUCUGUGAAUUAUUCUCUGAAGUGGUGGAGGAAAUUAAGCAAAAACAGAAAGCACAAGACGAUACCAGUGGCAGACCCCCGACUCUCCCCUUACCAGACGUGGUUCCAGACGGGGAGACACACCACGGCCAGAAUGGGAUUGUACUCCUCAAUGGGCAUGCACCGGGGGCCGGCCCCAACCUGGUCGGGCUGCAGCAGGCCAACCGCCACCAUGGGCUGCUGGGCGGUGCCCUGGCGAACUUGUUUGUUAUAGUGGGCUUUGCAGCCUUCGCCUACACGGUCAAGUACGUGCUGCGGAGCAUCGCGCAAGAAUGAGGACACACAUCAGCCACGAUCCACAGCCGCUGCUGAGGGACGCCAGGUGCCAGAGCAAGGCGCGGGCAGGCUGGACACACACUGAGUGCAGGUGGACCCGCCGGACUCCUGGGUUUAGCUUUUUAAAAACCUUGAAAUCAAAAACCAAAAUGUGCGAUUCGGAUUUGGAGGAGAUGAGAUUCUCAGCCCCCUCCCCUCACCUGGCGUCCAUUGGGGCUGGCAUGGUUGGCGAGAGCCACGCACACUUUGGUUUUACAGCUUUUAUCCUGUGUUGUCUUCUGGACCCAUUUUAGUAAAUCUGUUUUUCAUUUUAUUAGAUUUGGUCACUUAAAAAUAUAAAACUCAAUGCCUACCAGAUACUCUGUGUGCGUUCUUAGUGGGGCUCCCCGGCUUGUCUGCAGGCAGGAGCUGAAGGCCAGGCGGCAGUGCGUGUCGAGCCAGGCGUGUCGUGACAAGGCUUAGUUGGCAGGGUUGGCUGGCCAGUGACAGCCAUGGUUGGGGAUCCGGGAGAGAUGGGAUUUGGUGUCAGUAUUUUAAAAUGUGUUUAUGGUCAGUUAAAAUGAAACAAAUUCCUUCUAGAAAGAGCUUUUUUUUUUUUUUUUUUUGCUACAGAAGUUAAGGAUGUACUCACUCUCUGACCACAAGGGGUCGUCCUUUACUGUAGCAGCUGCGGGAGUGGAAGAGGCAGUUUGAACCUCGUUCAGGUGUCAGGCCCUGUCAGUGCCCCCACCCACCCCAUCCCCUGGAGGGCCUCCUCCCAGCUCCUCUGGCUGCUGCUGGCGGUUCUCGGCUACCUGCAGAGCCUUCUCUCUGAAUUCUUUAUAUGUAGUUGGCUCGGAAGUCCAUCAUCCUCCUGUGCUGGUGGAGGGUAGAGACCCUGGAUCCCGGGAGGGGUCCCCCUCGACAGGCAGACUGCUUCUGCACACUUUGGGGCUUCCCUCACAUUUGGUCCAAGUGCUUUCAUUUACCUUAAAGAUAGGCUGACAUGCUCCUGUGCAGUUGUCUGUGUUGGGUAUUCUCUCUGCACGGAAGAUAAGCCUGCGCGGUCUCAGUUUUGGGACCCAUGACUCCCUGGAUUGUGGACAUCUUCCCUUUUCUACGUUUGUGUUUAAUAACGUCACCCACACCGGAUAGUUUGAGAGUGCAUCACAUCGCUUGAAAAACCUGUGAGCCACCAGGUCAAGGCAGGGACACUGUGUCCAGUGGUGGACACAGCUGCGCAUCAGCAGCACCAGGAGGCCCACUGAAGCUGCAAGACCACCCUCGUUCCAGGGGCGGGCCAUGGGACCGAAGUGCAGCCCGCAUGUGUGCACAUCUUUGCCAUUGUGUUUUGAUCAGUUUAUUUAAAAUCUCUCUAUAAUUUACCACAUGUAUGUAUUUAACCCACUCUUGUGAAAAAAGACCUUUCAUUAUAUCUUUGUUCCUAAAUUUCGUGAUGUUGUAUCUAUGUGUUGGCAUGUCCAUCUCUGGCAGCUCAGUCAAGGUGGUGUAUGGGCAGGGGUCACACCUGCUUAGCCUGGGGACAGCAUUUCAGCCAUAGGAGACUCUGUGUUGGUACUGACAAGUGGGUCCUGACAGCGACCCCCAUUGCUAGGGCCCUCAGUCUGCCUGGCCUGGAGCUGUGGGCUGAGCAGGGGCCUGUGUGUGGCAGCAGCUGGGGGAAGUCCUCAGCCCCUGCUCCCCUCCUGUGCUGGAUGCCAGCCCUGCCCUGGUCCAUGGCUGGGCUGGAGGGCACUCUGCGACUGUCAGCAUGUGUGCCAAAGCCUUGAUACUCCCUGAGGCUCUAGGGAGGUGGAACAUUAGCAAAUACGGAGUUUACUUAACGUGUGCUAUUUCUUUUCUCAAAUUUUAGCGACCCUUGGUCAGUGGUGGAGGUAGGUCCUGCAGUGCCUAGAGCGUGCACUGCACUGCCUGACCCAGAAUAAAAGGUGAUCUUUGUUGUACUAGA